AUGCCCGCGCUUCUCGUCAACACCGUCUCGGUCUCCCCCGCCGCCCCAAGGCCACGCUCCUCGCGGCCGGCCACGGCACGGCGAGCGAGCGCUCGCCACAGGUGCCGAGCCGAAGCAUCCGGCAGCGGUAGCGGCACCAACGGCGGCGACAGCGGCUACAGGCCGGGGGGCGUCCGCGGCUCGUGGGUGUCGGACUACGACCUGUACGAGCUGCUGGGCGUGGAGCGGUCGUCGCCGCAGUCGGAGAUCAAGGCGGCGUACCGGUCGCUGCAGAAGCGGUGCCACCCGGACGUGGCCGUCGCCGCGGGCGGGCACGACAUGGCCGUCGUCCUCAACGAGGUGUACGCGCUGCUCUCCGACCCGGCCGCGCGCCUCGCCUACGACCAGGAGCAGGCGCGCCGCUCCGAGUUCGCUGGCUACACGGGCCGACCGCUCUACUCCUCCUGGCUGGGCCCCGAGUCCGAGCGCCGGGCGGUGUUCGUCGACGAGGUGCGCUGCGUCGGCUGCCUCAAGUGCGCGCUCCACGCGUCCCGGACCUUCGCCGUUGAGUCCGUCUACGGCCGCGCCCGCGCCGUCGCGCAGUGGGCCGACGACGAGGACAGGAUCGUUGACGCCAUCAACACCUGCCCCGUCGACUGCAUCUCGUACGUAAUUGACACAUUCUUCGCUCAUACUCAUCCAUCAUUCAUCGAUCUUCUGAUUCCCAACGGUUUCUGCUGCGUUAUCCGUUCAUCCAGGAUGGUGGAGAGGUCGGACCUGGCGGCUCUCGAGUUCUUGAUGUCCAAGCAGCCGCGCGGCAGAGUCCGCGUCUCCGAAGGCAACGCCGUGGGAGCUCGCGCGCCCAACGUCUUCAACGAAGUCGCCAAGUUCCAGAAAAGAUUCGAGGAGAUGAAGCAGAAAUCUGCGACCAGAGAAUCCCAGGAGUCAGAGGAGGCACGGCAGUCGAGGACCUCAGCGGUCCAUACCAUCAGAUCCAUGUCGAACUGGUGGUACUGGCGGCCAUUCGGGUUCGGCCCAUCGGCCCCGGCCACCAUUGUCCGCGCUUCGCGCCUCCUGCCGCCGCCGGCCGCGGCACCCACUGACACCGUGACGGAGAGGCUCCAAGAAGCCGCCGCUGCCCGGCGCAAAACGGAAGGCGCGGCCACGGCACACGCCCGGCGCGACGACUACUGGACCCCGCAGCUGGACCUGCCGUCGUCAGCUUCUCCGCCGAGCAUUCACCAGAGGGGAAAAGACGCUCCCACUCCCCAAGGCCACGGCCGCAGGCGAGGAGCAGCCGGUGAAGCGGCCGCCGGCGCCGGCGCCGGGAGGAAGGGCAUAAGCAUCGACCUGACGGCGGCUCUGCUUCUGGGGAUCGUCGCGGCGGGGUUCGUGGGUUACAACGGGGAGGUGGUGGCCGGAGGUGGCAGCGGCAUUCAGGAGCAUGUUGGCGGCGCCGUUGCUCUUGGAGUCGUGAACAGCUUUGAAAUGAAGGUCAUGCUAGCCGGGGUGACUUGGUUCAUCAUCGGCGCAGCCAUUGCCGGUGUGAUUCAGGUACUUGGAAGAAGGGAACAAAACAUUUGGAAAUGA